AUGAAGAAGUUUCAUGAGGCGGUUAUGGGGCAAGUGUGUAUCAGUCCUCAAUGGACUCGCAUGGAUGGAAGUCUUCUCCCUUUUCUUUUGCAUGAUUUUGUUGAAGGAAAGAUUUAUACUAAGGAAAUUAUUGAUUCUAAUGAUUUUGAGUUGGCCUUAAUAGAUGAUAGUAUGAGCAACGAUGAAGAUGAAGGUAGUAAUGAAGAGGAUGGCGAAGAGUCUAAAUCAUCUCUUCACAUCCAUGGCUCGUAUAAUUUAAAUGGUAAGGGAGCAACAACUUCGGUUGAUUUUUCGGUGGCUCUUUCCAGUGAGGAAGGUAGUAAUGGUGAGUGUUUGAUAAAUUGUUUCAAGAUAGAUUUGUUCAAGAUAUCGAAAAAGAUUGAUGAAUUGGAAGGUGCAAGUUAUAGUGUUGUUAUGGUUACCGAAUUGGAGUUAGAAAGUGUAACGGGUGAAGUGAUAUUGAUAUGGGAUGAGAAGUUAAUUUUGGAAAGUAAAAUGGCUAACAAUCAUCAUUUGAAGGAUGAGAUUGCUCUCUUGUAG